AUGGAAAGAACCAUAUAUAGAAGUUCUAUUUCAGUUGGUCUCGUUCUUCGACUUUCUGGAGGAGAACCGCUUCUCGGUCUCCCAGCAUUAGUACAUUACCCAAUGUAUACGGAUGGUAUCCAGUACUUUCCAUUCAAAACCAUGUCGAUGCUGGCAUCUCUAAUUACGAUACUUACUGUAUCUCGUCUUAGCGAGCACUUAUUCAAGGCGGGUCAUUUGUCACCAGAACUCGAUGUGCUUGGAUGUGUAGUAGUCCCACCGGAAAGAAUUCCACUACCAUCGGAUGUAUCAUUCAAUGUUAGCAGUGACACUCUAGCUAUGAACAAGGCAAAUGGCCAUGGCGCUAAUGGCGCUAACAACGCUACAUUUACGGAGACUUCCUUACUUCAUCCUAAUUACGCAGACCAAAAUUAUCUGUCGACCAAUUCACGUUAG